UUUUUCUGCGUCAGCUUUUCCAUUAGCUUUUAUUUUAUUUUUUUAAUAAAUAUUAUUAUUAUUAUUAUUAUUAUUAUUAUUAAUAAUAAUAAUUUAUUAUUUUAUCGGCAUUUCUCAGAGGGGACAUGUACACUGACCAUCAUGGCACUGAUGAUCAGCGUGCCCUGAUGAUCAGUGUAGCCCCAGCAGUGCCACUUGUCAGUGUACAUCAAUGCCAGCUGUCAGUGCUCAACAGUGCCACAUCAAUGCCACAUAUCAGUGCCUACCAGUGCACAUCAAUGCCACAUAUCAGUGCCCAUCUGAGC